AGGGCGACAAAACUCUUUACUUAAAAAAGGGGGCGUGAAAUAGGCACGCCGCCGGUUAUUCCGAACUUCCUGUUGUCGUGUUGAUAUGCCGAUACUUGUUAGUAUUUAGAGUCAACAAAACAUUUGCGUUGCCCAUUGGUCGCUUUAAUUUUGCUGACAACAUCAAAAUAGUCAAAAUGUCAGCCAGAGGUGCAAAGAAGAAGAAGCCUACGUCAAAAUCUGCAAAAGCCGGUGUGCUUUUCCCCGUGGCUAGAAUGCGACGGUACUUGAAAGGGAUGACCCAUCAUUUCCGUAUCGGAGCAGGUGCUCCUGUGUACAUGGCAGCUGUCAUCGAAUAUCUAACGGCUGAAAUACUGGAAUUGGCUGGCAAUGCAGCAAGAGACAAUAAGAAGGGAAGAGUGACUCCUAGACACAUACUUCUAGCUGUGGCUAAUGAUGAAGAAUUAAAGCAGCUUUUGAAGCAUGUUACUAUUGCUUCGGGAGGAGUGUUGCCAUGGAUACAUCAUGAGCUUCUCCAUAGAAAGAGGGGAGGAAUUCAGAUUAAACCCCCUGUCACUCCAGCUACCCAAGCUGGCCCCAGUGCUCCUAAAAAACCCAAGGUGAUUCCUGCAGCAUCACCACCACCAUCCCCCACCAAAGGGGGAAAAGCCGCGAAAAUGAAGGCCAUUAAACCACCAAAGGGAUUCAAACCUUCAGCUGAUGCAGUGGCUGCCACGUCUGGUGGAGGAUUCACAAUAUUGUCGGAAAAGAAACUCUUUUUAGGACAAAAGAUGACAGUUAUUCAGGGAGAUUUGGUCAAAAUAACUGCUGACAGUAUCGUGCAUCCCACUAGUAGUAACUUUUACAUGGGUGGUGAAGUAGGACAAGCUUUAGAAAAAGCAGGUGGUAAAGAGUUUAGAAAAGAAAUUGAUGAUUUAAGCAAAGCUCAUGGAAAUCUGGACACAGCAGGAGCUGCCAUAUGUCCAGGUCACAAUUUCCCUGCCAAAUUUGUAAUUCACUGUCAUGGCCCAACUUGGAAAACAAAUGAUGCUAUGCAACUGUUAGAUAAAACUGUUAAGAGUUGUUUAAUGCUUGCUGAGGAAAAGAAUUUGUCCAGCAUUGCUUUCCCAUCCAUAGGCAGUGGACGUGCUGGAUUUCCUAAGCAGACGGCAGCUCAAAUCAUCCUAAGAUCAAUUAGUAAUUACUUCGUUACCUGUAUGACGAGUUCACUCAAACAGGUCUACUUUGUUUUGUACGACUCGGAAAGUGUAGCUGUGUAUACGAGUGAGCUCGGGAAGCUCGACUCCUAGACUUGGAAACAGCAGGAGUAUGUCUAUCUAUGGAGUAAUUAUGAUAUAGUUGUGUGUGUUAAAAACUGAAGAGAUUUAUAUUUGGUGUUGUACCCUUUUUUCAGUGCGCUGUUAACUUUUUCCUUGUUGAUCUAUAGUAUAGCAUUGAAAUUUCUUGAAUGAAUUUUCAUUACGUUGUGAAUGGUGCAUGCCUAGAGAUUUAAUUUUACAUGUACCAGUAAAUGUACGUAAAACUUGUUAAAAAUUUUGUUAAGAGUGAGUAGUUUUUAUCAUCAUACAGACUGGGUUUUUUUUUCAUGUACAUACACAUACAUUUAAAUAUAUAUGAUUCUUGAAAUCCUGGCAAAACUGUAUAUGCACAAGAGGUAACUUAAAAAAAAAAAAAUCAUUUUCUCCAUAAUAGCAUUGAUGCCAGGGAGGGAAAUUCCUGAGCAUAUUGUUAUUGUGUAAUUAUUGUAUAAACAUUUUUUUAUUACAGAACUGAGGAAAUUUAAAUUGAAUUUUAUUGGAAAUUUUUGAUACUUGCAUGCUCCAACACCAUCUAUAAUUUACAAUACUGAAUUAUGCUAUCAGUGAAAUUGAUGUUUUUGUACUUUGAUAAAUUGUUCUUUUUCAUUUUUUAAAAUUUUUUUUAUACCUAAGAAAAACUUCAAUCUUAUUAUGAAAAAAAUUAAUCAUGUUGACUGAAACUUCUGAUUUUAUUUAUGCGUAGGUGUCUAUUUUGAUCAAAUUAUGUGUACUUUUCAAAAAAAAUAAGCAUGAUUAUCUUUGAAGGGCGUAGAUAAACUUAGUUAAUAAAUUUCAAUGUAAAAGUGGUACAAAGAAUGCAAACUUAAGGCCUCAUUGAUUUUAUUUGCACAUUAAUUAGAUAUACACAAAUUGAAUCAAAAUCAGAAACAAUUAUGAUUGUGCUUUGAAAGAAAAUAUUAAAAUCUUAAAUUUUCAUGACGUUUCUUUGCACAGGUAUUUAAAAUUCAUUUUCAUGUACAUGAAAUGUGUAUUGUUUUAUGAGAGAAAAUACUACUUGUAUAAACAUCAACAAAGAAAGGCAGCACUCUCAAAUUGUAUGAAAGUUUAGAAAGUGAGAAUUCAUUAACUUUCUACUAUGCCAUGCAUGUAUUUGUGGAAAAUAAAAUAGGUUCAUGUAUUAAGAUUCCUGAAGACUGUAAUAAAAGUUUUAUUUUUAUUUAUUCUGGUUAAUGUUAAACUUAAAAGUUAAUAUUGCAAGUUAUCUAAGGUGGGUUGGUUUGUGAAACCAUGUAGAAUUGUUCUUCUCUUGUUAAUAUUUAUAAAUCAUAGUCUUAAUAGGUGCCACAUUUUAAAGUUUGUGAUAUGAUCAUUUUGUUUAGAAAGUUAUUUAUUAAGUUUUAAUCUUUCUGUGAUGGUGGUUGGCAAUGUUUUAUAGAAAGUUUGUUUAUAACAGUUUUAAUACUUUAAAAGAUGUUGGGUUAAAUUAACCUCCAUGCUGGCAUACAACAUCUCUAAACUUAUUACCUGUUUGUGUCAUGUUCAUAAAGCAUUUGUUUUUUGAUGUAGUGUAAUGACCAUUUAGACCAAGUAUGAGUCACAUUUUAAUACAUCUUUAGAGUAAUGUUUUGUGGUUUUAUGUAUAAAGAUAUCUGUACUUGACAGUUUUAAUGGUAAUCAUUUUCAUGGUUAUGUUUUCACUGUGUUAAUAUAUAUUGAUUUAUUAAAUGUUGAAAGUUGUAUGGAAAUGAAAGUAAAACCACAUUAUAUUGCACUAGUAAUAUCCUUUUUCACUGUAGUGAAUAAAUGAGUAGAUUCCAAAUCAAA